AGGCGCCGGCGGUUAUAACCGUCAGGGCAAGGGGGAAGGAAGAAGCCCAAAGAGAGUGUGAAGCCGUGCUCGCGACGCGGCCCUUCCUUCAGCCACCGUCACUCGGCGCCCCUGUCUUUGCCCUCAGCCCCGUCAGGAUGCGAGGGCGCCGCGGCUUCUCCUCCCAGGCAGGCCCCGGCGCUGAGUGAGGAGGCGAGGCCGGGCCGGGCGGCGGCGAGGAGCGACCGAGGGAGGGAUGUUGCCGCCGCCGCCGCCCCCCCCGCGACGCUGGGCCUUGCCAACGCUGCCGCCCGCCUCGGCGGCUCCCCCUCCAGUCGCUGCCCUCCUCCGGUUCCGGGUGUCGCCCGCCACAGCCGCCUCCCCUCCGGCCCCAGGGACAGCGACGAGCGCGACGCCCGCGACGAAGGCGACGCCGGCCCCAGCAGUGACUCCCGCCGCCGCUUCUCCGCCGCCUCCGCCGCUGCCCAGGGCCCGGGAGGGAGCCGCCAGGAUGCAGGCGCCGCCGCUGCAGUACGACUUCUUCAGCGAGGAGAACGCGCCCAAGUGGAGGGGCCUCCUGGUGCCCGCCUUGAAGAAGGUUCAGAUGCAAGUCCAUCCUAAAUUGUCAUCUACUGAAGAUGCUUUGCAAUAUGUUGAGGAGUUAAUUCUACAGUUGCUAAACAUGCUAUGCCAAGCCCAGCCUAGAAGCUUCCAGGAUGUAGAGGAUCGUGUGCAAAAGAGUUUUCCCCAUCCUAUUGAUAAGUGGGCGAUAGCCGAUGCUCAGUCUGCAAUUGAAAAGAAGAAGCGAAGAAACCCAUUAUUUCUUCCAGUAGAAAAGAUUCACCCAUUAUUAAAAGAAGUUCUCGGUUAUAAAGUUGACCACCAAGUAUCUCUUUACAUAGUAGCAGUAUUAGAAUACAUUUCAGCAGAUAUCUUAAAGUUGGUUGGGAACUAUGUAAGAAAUAUAAGACAUGAUGAAAUUACGAAACAAGACAUCAAAGUGGCAAUGUGUGCUGAUAAGGUGUUAAUGGAUAUGUUCCAUCAGGAUGUAGAAGAUAUCAGCACACUGACAUUAUCAGAUGAAGAGCCCUCCGCUUCAGGAGAACAAACAUAUUAUGAUAUUGUGAAGUCAUUCAUGGCAGAAGUUCGACAAUACAUAAGGGAGCUAAAUCUCAUAAUAAAAGUGUUCAGAGAACCUUUUAUUACCAAUCAAAAGCUGUUUUCAGGUCAUGAUGUUGAAAAUAUAUUCAGCCGCAUAUCAGAUAUUCAUGAGCUUAGUGUGAAACUGUUGGGCCAUAUUGAAGACACAGUAGAAAUGACAGAUGAAGGCAGUCCCCAUCCUUUAGUAGGAAGCUGUUUUGAAGAUUUAGCUGAGGAACUCGCAUUUGAUCCUUAUGAAUCAUAUACUCAAGAUAUUUUACGAACAGGCUUUCAUGACCAUUUUCUUAGCCAGCUAUCAAAACCUGGGGCAGCAUUCUAUUUGCAGUCUAUAGGAGAUGGUUUUAAAGAAGCUGUUCAGUAUGUUUUACCAAGGCUACUUCUAGUUCCUGUUUACCACUGCCUUCACUAUUUUGAAGUUUUAAAGCAAUUAGAAGAAAAAAGUGAAGAUGAAGAGGACAAAGAGUGUUUGAAACAAGCAAUUACAGCUCUGCUUAAUCUUCAGAGUAGUAUGGAAAGAAUAUGCUCCAAAAGUCUUGCAAAGAGAAGGCUUAGUGAAUCUGCAUGCCGUUUCUACAGUCAACAAAUGAAAGGGAAGCAGCUUGCAAUCAAGAAAAUGAAUGAAAUCCAGAAGAACAUUGAUGGAUGGGAGGGUAAAGACAUUGGACAGUGCUGCAAUGAAUUUAUAAUGGAGGGGACACUCACACGUGUGGGUGCCAAGCAUGAAAGACAUAUAUUUCUCUUUGAUGGGUUAAUGAUUUGUUGUAAGUCAAAUCAUGGCCAGCCGAGGCUGCCUGGUGCUAGCAAUGCGGAAUAUCGUCUGAAAGAAAAGUUUCUCAUGCGAAAGGUACAGAUCAACGAUAAAGAUGACACUAAUGAAUACAAGCAUGCCUUUGAAAUCAUUUUAAAAGAUGAGAACAGUGUUAUUUUUGCUGCUAAAUCGGCUGAAGAGAAAAACAACUGGAUGGCAGCCUUGAUCUCUUUACAGUACAGAAGCACCUUGGAACGCAUGUUGGAUGUAACAAUGUUACAAGAAGAGAAGGAGGAGCAGAUGAGAUUUCCAAGCCCAGAGCUUUAUAGGUUUGCAGAACCUGAUUCUGAGGAGAAUAUUGUUUUUGAAGAGAAUAUGCAGCCAAAAUCAGGAAUCCCUAUAAUCAAGGCCGGAACGGUUGUUAAACUGAUAGAGAGACUUACAUACCACAUGUAUGCUGAUCCCAACUUUGUUCGAACAUUUCUUACAACGUAUAGGUCAUUUUGUAAGCCUCAGGAAUUACUGAGUCUCCUGAUAGAAAGGUUUGAAAUUCCAGAACCUGAACCAACAGAAGCAGAUCGCAUAGCUAUGGAAAAUGGAGACCAACCUCUCAGUGCAGAGCUAAAAAGAUUUAGAAAGGAAUAUAUACAACCUGUACAGCUGCGAGUUUUAAAUGUAUGUCGUCACUGGGUGGAGCAUCACUACUAUGAUUUUGAGAGAGAUGUAGAUCUUUUGCAACGACUGGAGGAAUUCAUUGGCACAGUAAGAGGGAAAGCUAUGAAGAAAUGGGUUGAGUCAAUCACAAAGAUAAUCCAUAGAAAAAAGCAAGCACAAGCCAUUGGGCCAAGCCACAAUAUUACCUUUGAAAACUUACCACCUCCAGUGGAAUGGCAUAUAAGCAAGCCAGGACAAAUUGACACAUUUGACCUGCUCACUUUGCAUCCAAUAGAAAUUGCUCGACAGCUCACUCUACUUGAAUCUGAACUUUACAGAGCUGUGCAGCCAUCAGAGUUGGUUGGAAGUGUAUGGACAAAAGAAGAUAAAGAAAUCAAUUCUCCUAACCUGCUCAAGAUGAUAAGACAUACCACCAAUCUUACCUUAUGGUUUGAAAAAUGCAUCGUUGAAACUGAAAACUUAGAGGAAAGAGUUGUUGUAGUGUGCCGGAUAAUUGAGAUCUUGCAAGUUUUUCAAGAGCUUAACAAUUUUAAUGGUGUUCUUGAGGUUGUCAGUGCUAUGAAUUCUGCACCUAUUUACAGAUUGGAUCACACCUUUGAACAAAUCCCAAGUCGCCAGAAAAAGAUCUUUGAAGAAGCUCAUGAACUGAGUGAAGAUCACCAUAAGAAAUACUUAGCAAAACUCAGGUCUAUUAAUCCUCCUUGUGUGCCUUUCUUUGGUAUUUAUUUAACAAACAUCUUAAAAACGGAAGAAGGCAAUCCUGAAUUUCUAAAACGCCAUGGAAAAGAGCUGAUCAAUUUCAGCAAACGGAGGAAGGUGGCUGAGAUAACAGGGGAGAUCCAACAAUACCAAAACCAGCCAUACUGCCUAAGAGUAGAUGCUGAUAUCAGGAGAUUUUUUGAAAAUUUAAAUCCAAUGGGAAAUAGCAUGGAAAAAGAAUUUGCAGAUUCUCUGUACAACAAAUCCCUAGAAAUAGAGCCACGUAAUGCGAAGCCACCCCCAAGAUUUCCCAGAAAAUAUAACUAUGCUCUCAAAUCUCCGGGUAUUCGUCCAUCAAAUCCAAGGCCAGGCACCAUGCGACACCCUACUCCUUUGCAACAAGAGCCAAGAAAAAUCAGUUACAGUCGUGUCCCUGAGAGUGAAACAGAAAGUGCAGCUUCUGCACCAAACUCUCCAAGAACUCCUCUCACCCCACCCCCUCCAUCCUCUACUUCCAGCACCACAGACGUCUGCAGUGUGUUUGAUUCUGAUCCCUCAACUCCCUUUCAUUCAAGAUCUGCCUCUGUAUCUUCUAUAAGCUUUCCCAAGAGCUCAGAUGAAAUUACUGUUCCCCCACCUAUUCCUCCCCGAAGACGUCCAGAAUCUGCUCCUGCAGAAUCUUCUCCAUCGAAGAUUUCUUCUGCACAUCUGGACAGCCCACCAGCGAUCCCUCCUCGACAGCCAACAUCAAAAAUCUAUUCACCGAGAUACUCGGUGACAGACAGGACGUCCAUCUCAGACACCCCAGAAAGCCCACCUGUAUUGCCACCACGAGAACCUGUGCGAACUCCUGAUGUUUUCUCUAGUUCACCUCUGCAUCUCCAACCACCCCCUUUAGGCAGAAAAAGUGAACUUGGCAACACUUUCUUUCCUAAUAGCCCUUCUCCAUUUACUCCUCCUCCUCCUCAGACGCCUUCUCCCCAUGUAGCACGAAGGCAUUUGCCAUCACCCCCAUUGAUACCACAAGAUACGGACCUCCAUUCUGUUGCUGGGCCACCUGUUCCUCCACGGCAAAGCACCUCUCAGCAUAUCCCAACUUCUCAACAUAUCCCAAAGCUGCCUCCAAAAACUUACAAAAGGGAGCCUGCACAUCCGUCGAUGCAUCGUGAUGGACCCCCUUUGUUGGAGAAUGCCCACUCCACCUGAAUUUCCCCUUAUGCUAGAGAAAGUGCUUACCCAGGUGCCAUGUCUAUUGCUGGCAAUAGAUGCACUGUACCUUUUUGGCGCCAAGGAGUUGAGUUGUGUUGCUCCUAACACUAAAGACUGCAAUACAUUUGAUACGUGGUGUAGAAAAAUAUGAAUCUUAAUAACAGGCCUUUAUGGUGAAAAAAAAACUGUUGCUUUUUGUUAGUGUAGUAUGCAGGGCACUGUUUUAAAGUCUCUGGACAUCUGAAUGUACCAGAAAUCAGACUUACAGAUCUCUUUGGGCCAAUAAGCAGACACCGUGCUUUGUGUAAUGUCCAGUGAAGGAUGAAAAACAUAGUCCUGUAAUCAUCUGUCCGCUGCAAUGUAAGUUCUUGGAGUGAAAAUAUAUUAUGCACUUUUUAAAAUAUUUCAAAUAGGGAACUUGAUGGUCUCCUUAAUUUUCUUUUGGUUGUUAUUCCCUGUGUUCAAAUCAUGAACUGGACUGUGAGAAAGAUCUGUGGUACUGAACCAAUGUAAAACUAAAGAAUAGCACUGUACUGCAGUACUGUUUACAAACUGUUACUAGUACAUUGUGGGUACCUAGGCUUCACCAAAGAGGUACUUUCCUUCUUCUUCAUGAAUAUUAUGGUGCCAGUUCAAAAAGAAAUUCAGCCAGGAAGCAGAAUGCCUAAUGUUUGCCUUCUUUAAAUAAAUGAGAUUUAAAUCUUAUAUGAAUGACACCAAUGACACAAACUGCAAAACAGAGCUAUUGUGAAGAGUUGAAUUUAUUCCUACAUUUAGAAGACUGUUAAAUCUAGGCUAGGUUAGGUCUUCAUCAUCUUGAGGUUGGUGGUGCAACAUCUUGGAUCAUGCCAUGAAAAUGCAAAGGAUGAUCUGCUGGCCGUACCCCCAUUACUUAUCACCAUGUUUUAGCUAGCAGUAGGUAAAUGAAUAAUCAGCACCCAUAGAAUUGCCUUGUAGUUGCAUAGAUAAAUCAUAUGUAUAUAAGUGAAUGUUGCGUAUACUUGCAAAUUGUUUUUAAUUUAAUUGAAAUAAAGAUACAGAUAUUUUGUCUGGCUGACAUAUAUUAAAUUAUUGCAUUGCUAAAUGUACAUUUCAGUUUAACGCACUGAAGAGAAGACAUGUUCUGUGGUACACACACCUCUUUUCUAGCUCAUUGUUUUGGUCUAUAAAGCAUAACUAAAGAAAUCCAACGUUUGGCAUGUGAAAUAAAGGUGAGUUAGGGGUGGCUUAGAGUUAACAUCUAUGUGCUUAAAAUGUAGAGGAUCUCAUGCAUGUCAUGCAAUAUAGAAUUCCAAGCUCUGUUUAACCUCAUAGACUUUGAACAUCAUCUUUUACUAUGUCAGAAAUGUUUGAAAGUGACUAAUCUACAUAAAUAUCCUGCCUUGGAUUAGCCAUAGACCAGUGAACUGCGCUUCUGCUUCCAGUACUGUGAUGAUAAUGCAUGCUACUUCUUGAAGAUAUUUUAAUCAUCUCUGCUACACUAGGAUUUGUGAAUGGUGCAGUAUUGUUUCUUUAGUUAUUAAGAGUCUUAUAGGACAUUUUUGGAAAAACCAAAAUACAUUUUGGCAAUCUAGAAAGCCAUGUCAAUGAAACCAUGUUGGUAGAAGACUGUAUCACCGUGAAAGCCUACUUUUUUAUAUAUAUAUGCAGUGUGGUCUUUGCAUUUCAGGAAAUGUUUACUUUGAAUUACAUAGUUUCCUUUCUCUGUUUUGUCUUUUUGUUUGUUUGUUUGUUUGUUUUUUACAUAUGUAAAAUAUGCAGUCUAAAGAAGGGAAUUCUGGAAAAAUUGUUUGUGUAAUGCAUAUAUAUAUAUAUAUAGAGAGAGAGAGAGAGAGAGAGAGGUUAGGCUGAGUUGCAGUGAAAUCUAGUGAAAGGUAAGGGGUGCCUCUAGAAAUGGUUGAACUUUAAAGAAAUGUUGUGAAACUAGUCCUCUCCUUAGACCAGAGGUGAUCGAACUGUUUGGGCAAAUGGGACAGUGUCCACCUUAUCCUCACUACCUCUCCCAAACAGCUGGGGAUGCAAGGUGUAUUUAAUACUUAUAAGGAAGGAGGUUACAUAGCAAAGAGAUAUAAAUGGCUCCACUUCUGGUGACUGCAUCCCACUCCAUUAACCCUAGGGGGUAUCAGCCACCAGUUGUUUUCUUAGUUUAUAACACUAAAAAAAAGACAAAUCUUUCUGUGAAAGCAGCAGAUAAUAUUAUCUGAGCCAACCAGAGUGUGUCAUUUUGUCCAGGUUCUCUGCCUAACAGACAGAAGAGUUCCCUAAUCAAGCCACUUUAUUUUAGAAAGAGGAGGCAAAGAAAGGCGUCUGGACGUCAGAUUUGCUAAUUUUGCUUAGUAUUUGCAGGCAGCAACUUCCCAACAUAUCUUAUCAUUAUCCUGUACUUAGAAUGAUAUCUUUAAAAAUUGCUUUAAUGUUUCCACCAGCCUCAUUGUUGCUAAAAUGACCCUGCUUGAUGCAUUCUAAAUGCCAAAUGGUUAAAUGCACUGGCUUAAGAAAGAGGGCCCUUUGUGAUCUUCAGAGUGUAUUAUGGUUGAAGUAAACUCUUCAAACCACUGAACAAACUGCCCUUUUAAAAUUCCAAAUUUUAAUUUUCUGAAUAUGAUAGAUUUGUUAAAAGCCACUGAAAUGGAAUUUGUUGGUUGAUCAGUGUACAGGCAGAGCAUUAAUCAGUUAAAAACUGCAUGAGCUGCACAGGAAAUGGUGGCAUCUAAGUAGAAGUACUUUGUACUCAGCCAGGCCAUCUAUUAUUGUAUCCCCUUGUUAAGUAUAACCUGCUUGUCAUGUGUUUUGAUAAUCUACAAAAUCUGCUGCCCUUUCCCAGAGGUGAAUUUUCCCCUUAAAGGUUUUUUCAGUGGAAGACCUUUUACAGGUGAAUUGAAACUGUUAGAAGUGAGACAGUGUGGCAUAGUGUUUUGAGCACAGGACUUGGGGAGACCAGGGUUUGAAUCCUCACUCAGCCAUUCAGUCCUACUGGAUGACCUUGGGCAAGUCACACUGUCUCAGCCCCAGAAAAAUCAGUGAUAGGAUUGCCCUGGGGUCACCAUAAGUCGGAAACCACUUGAAGGCAGCAACAAGAAGUGUUCUAGUGCCAUGGGCUGUUGGAUAAGUAAUAGUCAUUUGGGGUAACCUGGAUUGAAAUCAUUAUUCUUAAUGUGAGAGCUUGUCUGCUUUCUAGUUGGCUUUGCCUACUUGCUGUUCCACCACAAGUACACAAAAAUAAAUCCUAUCUUUUUUAGCAAGUGAAAAGGCAGGACUUGUUGUGAACACCAAGAGGUCUAUUCCACUGGAUGGGCUAAUGCAAGCAUUACGUCACAUAGUUGUUAUAAAUAGAGCUGUUAAACUGAUUAUCAUUUCAAAUUUCUUUUGGGUAAAUUAUUUUUCUCUACACAGCAGUCACUGUAGGUCUCAUGCUGACGACAAGGGUAAAGCCAAAAGCGCUUGGGUUUUUGUGUGUGUGAAUGUCACGCCUCGUUUGCCAUUUAUUUAUAACAACCUUCAAGUGCAUUUUUGUCAACUGUGAGCAAAUUCCCCUUUUGCCUUUAUAGAAGUAAUAGUGCAUUAAGCAAUCUAUUGUUGCAAAAAUGCUAAUUGUGUGACCUUUUUAAAACAGUCAUGUACCCAGGUGAAAGGAGAAAAUCUUGUGCCAGAAGUAUGCAACUUUCAGUAGCUGCCAAAAUGUGCCUUUUUUUAAAGAAGAAAAAUCUUUUCUGAAACGCAGUAGAUUAUCCUGUUGGCUGGGUCUUAUUUCAGGUAAUAUUUUCUUAUUUGGCCAAUUUAGAAACCGAACUUUAUGGUUCUCUAUGUACAAGUUUUUGUUUUGAUGACUUCUGAUACUUUAUUGAAUUAUUGAAAAUGUAUUGCCUUUUGUUUAAUGGUGUGGAUACUGUGCUAAAUGGUUGAGAAGCUAUGGCAGUCCGAUCCAGCUGUGUAAGUUUGAAGUGGUGAUAUCUAAAUUGGCAAAUCUUAUGGGCCUGUGUGUACCUAAUCAUGUAUGUAGGUCAGCUUUGUAUGCUAUGUCUGCAAUGGUAUUCAGAUUGCAUUUAAACUGAAAAUUAAUAGUGGUUGUUACUUUUUGGCAUUCAAGAGAUCUGUUCUUAAAAAAAUAAAAUAAAAAUGCCUUACAUAUCCCAUAA